AUGUCACGAAACCGAAGACGCGGAGACUCAUCUUUGCCUCGAGGUUCGCAGUACAUUGAUGGACGCCUGAUCCACGAGGAGACGAAACAGAAGCUUUUCUUUCAAACACAUGUGUGUACCGUCUAUAGAGAAAUUUUGGAGCGGAAGGAGCAAUUUUUGAGAACUUCGGCUGAGCACUGCAUGAUUAAGAAUAUCAGGAAACGUCAAACACACGCGACAAUGAGUAUUUUGGAAGAUCGUUUCACUCUGGAGAAAAACAAGAGAACCGCGAGAGCACCAUUCCGUUCGUUUCUGUUUUAUCGAGAAAUUUUCGAUAUUCGACGCAAUCCAACCAAACCGGAAUUUUUUGUAAUCAGCGUGGAUUCUGAAGUCAGUGGUAAAAAAUACUAUGAGGUUUACAAGUGUAAAAGCAGAGAGGACGCUUACAAGGUGGAGACCUACAUUAGAAGAGCACUCGAAGACAGUGAUAAGAUGGUGCGUUCCGAAUCUUACCUCAGUGUGGUCCCGGUGCCGAGUGUAGGCUCAGAUUUACACCGCUCUCUUCUUCAUGUGGAUUUCGACGGCAGUGUAUCAUCACUGGAGGACGACUACAGGCGAUCUUCCAUACGAUAUAAUGUAAAUUACGCGCCAUCUCCCGAUUACAGGUAUCGACCAGCAACUGCCAGUCCUCUGAUGGUGAUACAACGACCAUUACAAGCCUCCGCCAAAUCAGCUUCACCAGCUGUUCCAAGAGAAAUCUCGAUUUAUACUUCUCCGCCAUCACCGGGUACCAGAAGACGAGCAUCCUCAUUAUUUUACCUACCGGAAAAAGACAGGGACGGUAUAGAGGGUGAUGUCACCUAUUUAAUGUUCGAUGGAAGAAGUGGUAAUCCAGUAGUAAAUGAAAAUGGUCCAAUAUACAUGUUUUGUGAUCGUCACCAUAAUAGGAGGUAG